CCCGCACCGUCAGUGCUUAGUAUCAGCUCAAGUUAAGUCGGCCAUCAGUCGAUCAUCCAAAUAGUUACACCUUGUUUGUUUCAAGAAGACUUAAUAAAACCAAGCACCCCAAACUCUCGCGACCGCUCUACUGGCUCCUCACCAUGGAUCUUCCCCCACUCUCACAAGAGCAACUGACCGCCGUCGUUGCCUCUGCUAAAACGCCGACGGAGCUCUACGAAACACUAUCAGACUAUGAAAGCCAGGCUUGUCUGCUCUCCAUGCAAAAGGGCAAACAUGCAGAACUACUAAGUCUUUACUACUCUACAUACUUCUUCUCCAACCUUCUCAUAGACAAGACCAUCGAAGCUCGCCUAACGACACAACGCAUGCCACAAGAAUUAUUACAAAAUGACUCGUCGCUACAGAAUUGUUUGACGCUUCUCCGAGCCGUUUGGCAACGGAAUUAUGAGCAAGUCUAUAAGAUCCUGCGAGAACUGCCGUGGCCAGAAGCACUCCAACCCAUAGUCCAAAGUUAUGAAUCUCAUUUCCAGGAAAAGACGUUAAAGGAAGUCAGCAGAGCCUAUGAGGCGAUAAGGCCAGCAGCCGCUGCAACCUAUCUCGGCCUUGAUCCUGCGGCCGCACAACAGGGCGAUCCGGCCAUCAUGCAAAAGUUCAUAGCGUAUGGAUGGACGUGGGAUCAGGAGAAAGGGCUGUUGCACCCGAAACCGAUCGUCGAUGAAGUCCCUCAGAAAGAUGUUCGACUGUACAAUGAACUGAGUGAGGUCAUGGCGCUGAUCGGAAAUCGCCGGAGUUAAGCGUAUCUUGGAGUUUGCAAGCCAGGGGCUACCUUGCAAUUCGUUUAUCCUACAGUAACAGGCGGGACAUGACGGAGACAUCGGAUGACUACAGAUCUAG